AUGGGAGUAAUUGACGAGGUUAAGAACACCCUGUCCAAGGCGGUGUUUACUCCUUCUUCUCUGUUAACCGGCCGCGGUGGUCUGCACAUAGCUCAGAUCAUUCUGUCUCUGGCCACCUUCCUCCUGGCUGCCUUCAGAGGAGGGAGCAGCCAUACCUACUGGAUCUACGCCAUGUUCACCUGGGCCUUCUGCCCCAUAAUGACCCUCUUCAUCACCAUUAUUGAGAUGUUUAAGCUCAAUAUCGUACUCAACAUGUUUUGCAUGCACUGGGAUGACUUCACCACAGGGAUGGCCAUGUCCUCUACGCUCAUGACCGUGUCUGUCGCCAUUACCUACGCCAACUUCUACGCCUGCCUGCAAUGCCUGUACGGCUGGAUAGUGAGCAUAUUUGCCUUUUUGUGUGGCCUGGUCUAUGCACUUGAAGUGGUGAAGGACAAAAUCCUGGACAAGAAGGAAGGGGUCUACCUGGCUGCCCUGCCUGGAUUCUGGAAAGUCAUGGAGGCCUUUGUGAGCUGCAUCAUUUUUAUAUCACUGACUGGUUACAGAGACAAGCCAGUUCUGAUCUUGUGUGUUAUAGCUUAUAUCAUCCCUUUCCCCAUCCUCCCUCUAAUCAUAGCCACCAACAUCCUCAAAAAACUGAAGGCGUGUUUGCCCUUUAACCUGGACAGGUUCGUGUUUAUUUUUCUGGUGAUCUCUGUUAUACUGUAUAUAUUUGCUGCUAUCAUGUGGCCCAUUUUUAUGUUCAGAAACAACCCCCGUCCAAGCGACUGUCCACCCAGCUUCUGUAUCUGGGCCAUAGAGUUUAUCGUUGCAUUUAUGACCUACGUGAAUCUCAUUCUUUUCACACUGGACCUCGUUUUCACCCUGCUUGGUAUCUGUGGCUUUAAACGCUCAUAA